AUGUCCAAAGCCUUUGAUAAAGUUAACCACCAAAUUCUUAUUCAUAAACUUUACAACUGCUUUGGCAUCUCUGGUAGUUUACUCGGUUGGUUCUCCUCCUACUUGUUGAACAGAAGGCAACGCGUGACUGUUCUAGGGGCUACAUCAUCUGAAAAACCUGUUAUGUCUGGUGUCCCUCAAGGUUCUAUCCUGGGUCCAAUACUCUUUCUCCUUUAUGUUAACGACCUACCUGAUGUGGUGAAUAACGCAAACGUAGCUUCUUUUGCUGACGACACAAAAUUAUUCAAGUGUGUCGAUUCUCACAUAGACGGUGCCUCGAUUCAAAGUGAUCUUGAUAAUCUUGAGGAGUGGUCGACUUCUUCUGGACUUGUAUUUAAUCAAAAUAAAUGCAAAUGUCAGAGAAUUACCAGGAAAAAAACGUUAACUACCACCGAAUUCCCCUACACCAUCAAAAACAAAACCCUCGCAGUAACAACAGAGGAGAAAGAUCUUGGCGUUUGGGUUACUAGUAAUCUGACAUGGUCCAAACACACCCUAGAUCGAUGUGCCGCAGCCAAUAGGAUGCUCGGGUUCGUACGUAGAUCUGCAACGGAAAUCACGGAUAAAAGGAUUCGCCGUGCAUUGUAUUUGGCAGUUGUGCGACCAGAGCUGGGCUACGCCACUCAAGUGUGGUCGCCGCAGUCGGUGGAGCUCAUCAACCGAGUGGAACGUGUUCAACGCCGAGCUUCAAAGUUUAUUCUAGGCCUCCCAUUCAUGUGUGACGUAUCCUAUAAAGACAGACUCAUUUCGACAGAACUUCUUCCCCUCUCAUUUUGGCAUGAAUAUUUAGACUUAAUAUUUUUCUUCAAAGCUAUUACUGGCAUUGUAUCGAUAUCUCAAAAUUCCUUACCUGAACGUAUUGCUCCCGUAAGAGUCACAAGAUCAUCUGCUAAUGUCAACGCAAUCUCAUUCCGUCAACGAAAACAUAAAACAACAACUUAUAAUCGAUCAUUCUUUCUUCGAACAACUAGAACUUGGAACUCUCUCCCGGAGCAUUUAAGGCUUAUUAAUCUAUCUUUUAUCCAAUUUAAGAAAGGAAUAUUAGCAUACUACUUGACUGCAUUACGAUCCUGCUACAACGUUGACGAUCCACGAACUUGGAAGACUGUCUGUGUCAAAUGUAACAAAAGCAGAAGUCUCAUCCGACCAUUAACUUGCUGUUACUAGAGGGGCGUUUGCACAUUGCGAUUUGUCCUGUGCGAUUCGGAUUUUGUUGUAUAAUUCAUUUGAUGCCUCAAUUCCAAAAAUCUGAAUUGAAGCGAAACUUUAAUUGCACAAUUGACGCGUGCCUACUCGAUUGGAUUCGCCAAAAUACGAGUCGUACACGGCGGAUCGCGGUGUGUAAACGUACCUUAAGUAAACUAAGUAUAAUUACUUAGGUGAUUAUUGAAAAUUUUCCAAGCUGAUUCGUUGCCAUUGAGGUGAUUAUAACGUGAUAAUCACCUAAGUUUUGACUAUUAAAUGACGAAGAAAUGUGUAUUUUUAUUUUUUUCCCAAAUAAUCACCUAUGAAAUUAUACUAAAACAAUUAUUCGCCUUAGGCUCGGUGGUUAUUGUUAAAUGAAAACUUCGACUUUGUCUCUGUCCCUACUUACCGAUAAUCACCUAGCCUUCGGCAAUAAAUUGUUAAUUAUUUCUGUUUUCUAUAUUUAUAUUGAUAUUUUGUAAAGGGCCCACUGUAAUUGGUGUUAAGCUGUUGUGGUGUCCCAGCUUCUUUAAUGCAUUCAUUGUAUAAUGUUUGGAAGCGAAGCACAAUAAAUAAAUAAAUAAAUAAAUAAAUAAAUAAAUUCGUUGGAUGUUAUUUGAGGAGUUUUUAUUUGAAUUCGCGGACUAUUUUUACUUAAGGGUACGUUUGAAAGAAACAGAAAUACUUAAAGAGGCAAAUUAAGUGUAGUAUAACGUAUACUAUGGCUCAAAUACAACAAUAUAAGAAAUUAUAUUUUCCCCGUUGCUGUUGUCGUUGCCGUUCUAGGUUGCCAAACUCUCUAUUAUCGCCGAGCCAACGGCGCGGAGCGCCGUUCCGGGAGUAAGCCCGGGGCGAAGAACUAAUUCAGCCAGGCUAUUUAUACCCGGGGAAACGAAAGCUUUAGCGAAGUCUAAAGUUCAUCAAUGAUCGCGUGCGUGGGUGACCAACGGUGCUGAGUGGUUGGUCAUCCUCAGUGAUCUCGAAAUAUGUGGCGCGGACUGUCAUGAAUAGCGAACAUUGUAACAGUUGGUCAAAUUUAAAAUUUGUUGUUGUAUUGUUACGAAAGUAUUAGAAAUAGUAUAAAAAUAGUUCAAUUUGCACCCCAGGUAAUUAUAGAUACUAGUUACGUCAAAUGGAGAGAUAAUGAGCAUUUUUUCUGUAAAACGCAGAUAAAGUAUAUAUCAUUUCGGACUUGUGUAAAAGUGUCAAUUAUCUGUCCAUUAGGCAAGAUAAAUAAUUUGUCAAUUUGUCACAGAUGGACGAUAACCUUGCAUGGUGGGCUGUUGUGUUUACAUAAUUCAAAGUCCAAGGCUGGUUCUUCUCUGACAUGAAAAUGUGCAUGCUUUCCUGUCAAUCAUUCUUCGGUAUAUUUCGCGCUGUUGAGUAAUGAUAACAUUACGUCAUCAAGGUCUUGGUUCAAUAAAAUUGUAAGUAAAUUUAGUUUAGUAGGUAAAGUAAGGUUCACAUAGGUAUAGUUUGAAGUUUUUACUAUGAUAUUUUGAUGAGUAUUUUAAGUUGUGAACAUAUUUUAAUAUUGAUCGAUUGAACAGCGAACCAACUCGACCAGUGCGACAACGCCUUAAAUAAACAGAAUGUGAGGGCUGGAACGAGCUAGUAACGCCAACCCACACUUUUAAACCUCAACGUUGAUUGGCUGGAUACAAAUCACACCACUUGCUACAUCACGUGUAGAAAGAUCCCUCAACCGUUAGUAUAAAAGUGCGUGCACAACCGAGACUCGCCAGUGGAUCCUCAGUGGUUGAUAUCUCAGUGAAUGAUCUUUCAGUGGAUGAAUUCUCAGUGGAUGAUUUUUCAAUGGACAGUGGACGUAUGCUGAAUAAAACUUAACUGAUGAAAAGCUGCAGAAACUCAAACGAAACAAACGAACGACGAAGAAAUUAACGAAACAGAUCACGAACAGUGAAAGCCAGUUGAAGGCUGAAGUGAACUCUUGGAAAACUACUGCAAGAAGACGAACACUAAAAACUGAUAGUUACUAGAGAUUGAUUGUAAACGAUUCCCUACCUCGCGUAGAAAAGAAAUAAAAAUAUACAUAUUUCUAACAGUAUGACAAAUGACGACAGCGAAAUAAGAAACAUUUCUUGCAAAUCAGCAAAUAUAUUGUAUUUUUGCAAGAUUUUGCACGACAAAAAACGUCUAAAAGCGUCUAAAAGAAUGGAGAAAAGUCGCCCACGUUAAUGAAGGUAACUUUGUUUUUAAUAUCGAUGUAUCGUUUGCUUUAUAAUUGCGGCGUUAAAAAUUGAUACGAUCGUUGCGGAUAUAAGUGAAAAAAGACAGCAUAUAAUUUCAGUGUAUUUUUAUUAAUUACAACUUUUUUGUAUAUUAAAAUAUUUAAAUAAAGAGGAAAGCAAAGUAAUUCUCAUGCAAGAAUUUGAAGUCAGUAUAAAUUAUCUCAAUUUUCAAACUCAAUGUUUUGUACCGAUGUAUUAUCCAGGCAUACAAUCUACUGAGGUACAAUCUCAAAAAGUGAGAUAUAUUGUAUUAAGGAAGUAGGUUAUAGGAAAAACAGUAUCUAGUCUGGGGACGAAACGGCAAGGGGACGGAACGGCAAGGGGACGACACGACCGGGGACGAAACGGCAAGGGAACGAAACGAUCCGUGACGAAACGGCAAGGGGACGAAACGAUCGGGGACGAAACGGCAAGGGAACAAACGACCAGUUUAAACACCCAUUAGCGUCGUUAGUAUUGCAUUUUUGGUCUUGUCAUUAGGCCGUUCGGUUGACGAACGAGACAUUCGAUCGUUUUUUUUCUUUCUGGAAACAUAAGAGAGUUUCUUUCAGACCGUCGUUUAGUUAAUACUAGUUUCACUAACCAUUUUCUGUAAUCAUAUUUUCUGCAUAGGGUCUGAUACAGGGUCGGGAUUGGCGAUUGCAGGAGGAGUUACAGGGUCUGUGAUUUUUUUUGCUGUUGCGGUGUGUACAUCUCUAUACCUGCUAAGACGUCGCCGAAAAAAAAAGCGGGAAGAAUCUGUGCAGGUAAAGAAAUUUCAAUGAUUAAACUUUACAGUGGUGUAAUUUCAAUCUGUAUAAGGAGGUUUAAAUUAAGUUUUUCGGCCUUUAUGGAUUUAAAAUAAUAAUUGAUUUAACGAGCUUACGGCGGCCAGUCCGCAACUUUCAAUUGGUAUAAGUAACAAUUAAUGAACUACGAUGGAUUUGUAGUGACAAAUAGUAGGUAGUGACAGUCCGUUUACAUAUAUGGAUAAUAACUAGUGAGAUAGUAUGUUCUUAAAUUAUUCAAAGUUUGUUUAUUAGGAAGCGAUAUUGUUCGGGUAAAAUUUUGAGUUAUUAUCAACAUUUUUGUGUUUCCAGUGUGCCAAGAUUCCAAAGUUGAUCUGUGUCGGUAGUUGAACGGUCUUCAAAAUCUAUCUGCUGAUCAUUUCUCCAGGCAUGAUUCGCUAUGUUUGAUCCACUUUUACAAAGUUUAUCAUUUAUUGUGUAGCAAUCAGCCCAAUGGGCCGCCUGCGCUGUGGCGAUGCUCGCUGUGCAUGACGGAGUCGUUACUUUGCGUUGGAACGACAUGAUGACUGUAGGAGCGAGCGAUUUUGUUUUGAAGAUGAAAUGGCGGAUUUUUAACAACUUUUUUGUCCAUCGAUAGGUUUUACCCAUAGGAAAACAACAAGAGAUAUUUGAAUGAGAUAUUUCAUGGUGUUCCGUGUGUUAAUGAAGAAGAAAAUGCAUCAGCAAGAGGUUACAUUGUGAACACGUUUCGCAAAAAAAAAUAUCCUCACAAACAAAAACAUGUAAACUCGCGUUUUAAUUUAAGAUCGGAAAUUUUUUGUCAAAAUUUUUUGUCAUUCGAUAAAUCUAUGAAUUCCAUUUUAAGCCUUAUUUCGAAUUUGGCAACCUUUAUCAUGAACUAAAUGUUCCAAGCUUUAAUCCAGAAACCAAGCGUCUCUUCCCUUUAUUUCCAACCUUAAAGUGCAUAUGACAAGAAUUUUUUUAUUUUCUUAAAUGAAAGAACUCUGUAAGCUAUAGUGUAUCUUAUUUUUCAGUUUCUUGUUUUCAUGGUUUGUUCCCGAGAUAUUUCAAUUUUUUGGUAUGUAAAUGAGUGUGUAUAUCUCCGCUAAUUUAUGACGUCACGUUGCUUGCAAGCUCAACAUACCCCGGUUAUAAAUCUAUUAACUCUAAAAACUGUAGAUACCAGUUCACGUUUUUCUCCAGUAUUUUAUCACAUUUACCAGUGUGUGAAGUUAGAAAUUAUUAUCUUGGAUGAUAGCCGUGAUAUUCAACCAUUUUGAAGAGCUUGCAACCAACGUGACGUCAUAAAUUAGCGGACAUAUUCAUGAUCACACUCAUUUACAUACCAAACAAAUUGAAAUAUCUUGGAACAAACCAUGAAAACAAGAAACUGAAAAAUAAGUUACACUACAGCUUAAAGAGUUCUUUCAUUUAAGAAAAUAAAAAAAAUCAUGUCAUAUGCACUUUAAAUUUGCUCGAUCAGAAUAAAUUGACCCUAGCCAUAGCAAAAUAUUCUCUUUAUCUCAGCGUUGUUUCCUAAUUCUUUACGAUCUACUUCCCAGUAAAAUUUUAAUAUUUUAUUGGUAAUUUUAAUUUGUACUGUUUGUCUGUAAUUCCCCCUAGAAAAGGAAAGGAUUAGCGAAUUAAAUAAAUAAAGUUCUUCAAUAAUCGUGGGUGCAUGGCUAUGGUUCACCGUUCACUGCGCGUGGUUGGUGCAGGGUGGUCAUGCUCACUGAUUUAAAAACUGAUAAAACCAUUAUGUUUAACGAACAUGAAGUAUUGAAAGCAGUUGUUUUGGUAACACGAUAAAAAUGAUAAAUAAUAUAUUAAGAAGAUAUGAAAAAUAGUUUUAAAUUUGAAAAGUCCCACAAAAACAUCACUUUACUGAAAAUUCUCAAUUUCCCAAGCAUAUAAAUAUGUAUGUUAGGUAUGUUAUUAUACGUUAUUAUACGUAAUAUAAGCUUCAAUUUAAUGACAUACAUAUACAUACACAUUUUAUUUAGCGAGGCUAGCCCCGACAACUACAAGAGUCGGUUUCCACGGGGGCGUCCAUAUAAAAAAUAUUACAAAAAAUAUAAAAAGGAAGGAAAGUAGUCUACUACUAUAUGUACAUUGUCAAAAGCUACUGUUCCACGAUGGUGUGUCCCAGAUAAAGAUGUGAUUAACUGAAUCCAGACUCGGUUAUUAACAUCAAAUAAUUUGUUUUAUACAACUUUUAAAUAUAUAAAUUGACUGAGCUUGCUUAGCUUCAAGCGGAAGGUUAUUCCAAAGAUAAGCACCGCUAUAUUUAAAGCUGCUUUUGAGAAAUUCUCUGUUUGGCUUUGGGAGGGUCAGAUCAGUUUGAGAAUUUCUAAGAUUGUAAUUGUUUAGUAAAAUAUUUCUACUUAUGAAUGAGUUGGUGUAGCACUAUUACUAAAGACUUUGUAUAAGAAUAUUGCAUUGGUAUAAGUACCAUCUUGUUUUCAAAUUAUUCCAGUCAAGAGUUCGAAGAACGUCAGCAGAUCUGAUUUCAUAACUGGCGCCAGCUAUUAUUCUGGCGGCCCCGGGAUUUUGGAACCUUUCUAAAUUAUCUCUUAGUGUUUUGUUUCAAACCCCCCAAAGGGGAGAGCAGUAAUCGAAGUAAGGCUCUAUCAGAGCAUUAUAAAUUGACAUCAAUGUGUUUUCAGGAACAUAGGGCUUGAUACGCUUUAAAAUUCCUAUGCUCGAACCGAUUUUUUUGCAAACCAUUUCAACAAGCUCGUCCCAAUUCAAUGUUUCAUCAAGUUUGACUCCCAAACACGGGAUUGAGUGCACUCUGGGAAUCAGCUGAUUAUUAAAUUAUGAUUUGAUCCGACAUAAAUUAAUGUGGCUUUUGUUGAAUGAUGCUGCAGUUUGUUUUUAACCAGCCAUUGACUAACAUUGUUUAAAUAAUGAUUUAAAUUAGCAUUAAGUUCUACACAGUCUUUCGCAGAUCAAAGUAUCUGUGAAUCGUCAGCAUAUAAGCAUGGGAUUGACUUCUCAAGACAAUCAGAAAAACAUUAAUAUACAAUAAGAACAAUUAAGGACUCAAUAUUAUUAUUUUUAAAAUUAAUGGUUUCUCCCAAAAGGGUUUUUCAGAACCCAUUUACAAAAUUAUAAUUAUAUAGAUCCUUGAGGGACCCCACAAACAAUCCUUUCUGGUGCAGUGCUGACAUUGCGCCAUUGACAAAUGACACUUGUUCUCUAUCAGAAAGAUAUAGGAUUCAAAAAGUUUUAAUUUAAUAUUAGAAAUCCCGAAUUGUUCUUGUAUUUUGCGGAAAAGAAUAUUAUUAUUAAAAGAGUCAAAGGCUUUUCGAAAUAUCAAUUAAAACUACACCAUUUAAUCCAUAUUUUCAUGCCAUGCAUCGCACAUCUGAAUGAGUGCUGCCAGAGUAGAAUAUUUCGGGCGAAACCCAAAUUGAUGCUUAGAAAGUAGAUUAUUAGCGUUAAGAAAUUCAUACAAUUGAUUGAAAACGAAUCUUUCGAAAAUUUUACUAACAAUCGGUAAGAUUGAUAUUGGGCGAUAAUUUUCACAUUUUUUCCUAUCUUCAGAUUUAUUGAUAGGAACAGCCCAAGCCUUCUGCCAAUCAUCUAUGUAGACUCCGGUUUUGAUACAAAGCUUAAAAAUCCACGUCAGAGAAGGGCUUAUUAUUUCAUGUGAGAUUUUAAGUACCCUUGCGUGGAAAGAAUCCAUGCGUGUCGAUUCUGUGGUUUUAAGAUUACUUAACAAAAGGAAUAUUUCGUAUUCGCUUAUUUCAGACAGAGUAAAUAGAGUCACUGCACUAGUAUCCAGAUUUUCUGACAAGUCCAGAACAUCAGCUUAGUUUUGGCCCAAUGCUCACGAAGAAGUCAUUAAAGGCCUCUGCUAUCAUUGAAUUAUCAGAAAUAAUAGUGCCGCCUAUUUUUAAUUGGGGAAUAUUGUUUGAUUUAAAAUUCUUACCCAGGAGGUGAUUAAUAAGGUGCCAAAUUUGUUCAGGAUCUUUAGUCUGAACAAAAUCCCCAAACUUGUCGCAAAAAUAUAUCUUUUUGGCUUUGUACAAUUCAGAGUUAACUUUAUUGCGAGUGUCUUUUAAUUUUACCGCUUCCUUUUUGGGGAAAUCUCGUGUUUUCAUCAGAUUUUUUAUAUUUGGAGUAAUCCAAGGAAGUGAGUUGCCUCGGAUUCGCAUGCAUCUAAAUGGUGCAUGUCGAUCAAGUAUUUGACUAAUGUAACCCAGCACUCAAAUAUAUACAUGAAACAGUGUCAUAAUAAAUACGAAAUAUUUCAAGAUUUCUUCAUUUUUUGUUGAAAACAAGUUCCAGAAACUAGAGAGGAGCGUGAAAUUUUUUCCGGACAUUAAAAAAAGGUCAAAAUAAUUUUCCCGACUAACAUUAGUUAAGUUAAGGUUCAAAAAAAUUUUUUCCGGAGAAAUUCUUCUUAAAACAAAACCAUUAUCUGCAAAAUUUAAGUUUAGAAGAUUUUUUCUCACCAAAUUAUUUAUAUAAAAAAAAGUUCCAAUCUUUUUUAUUUUCCAAAUUCGGGAGCCCCCCUUACACUGCGGGGGGCGUAAAUUGCUCCCUCUGCCCCCCUCCCCUAAUAGGCCCUGCUCGAAACUAUAACACACAAUUUUUCAAACGCAACAAGCGCACUCCUCUACAACCCUGCCUCAGUUCAAUUUCAAUUUAUCACGCAGAACCUGGGAGCCUUUAGAAACUACUGCAAGUUUUCUUCCGUGUCUCCCAGGGCCUAUGAAUGUUGCGCGGGGCAGGAGGCCCUGGGAGCGAGGAUGGUUCCGACCGGUGUCUUUCUUUCCACGGAGGGAAGAGCCUGCGAAAGAGUCUGCAUGCGUAAUAGGCAUUGGUCUUUAUUUUAAGGACUUAAUAUUGAGUAGAUUUUCUGAUAAUCGGACCAUUGAUAAAACACAUAACAAGUUUCUCACCCAUGGACUCAAAAUGUGUUUUAAACUUUUAAAUUUCGCGCACAAGCUAUUUUUAAUGCUGCUACAAAUGACUCCCCCCCCCCAUUAGGCUGCUCUGGAAACUUUAUGUUUACGAAAAAAAUUCUUUAUUGUACUUUAUAAUUACACGAACAAUGUAUAUUAUUUACCAAUAAUUGAAUGAAAUGAACAGGUUUGUGCAAUUGAAAGCCAUUUCAAAAUUGUCUACCUUUUGAUGUACCCUGUAUAUAGACUUUUUAAAUUUGUUUCCCAUAGGCAUUUCACUUCUGGCACGAGCGCAACGCCAGACGACAAAAUUUAACAUUGUAUGAACAAGAGCCUGUAAAUAUACAGGACGGUAAGUAAUGUUAUUAUAUUUUACAGACAGUGAGAUCAUAUGUUAUCUUCAUACUUUCUCUCACAAAUUGUUAUUUUUCGUUAAUUUAAAAUCAAGGAAUGUGGACUGACAUAAGUGUAAUAAAUUCACUAAUAACAUUUAAUAAUUUUAAUAACACUUGCCUGGCUUGUCCAAAACAUAUAGCUAUAGGCUGACCAUGGGGUCUGCAGGGGGGGGGGGGGAGGAAGGAUAGAGGAAUAUAGUUACCAAUCCUCGCUCCAGAGUUGAGGGGUUAGUUUAACAGUUCUUCGUGUUAUUCCUCUCACAUAUGCUAACAGGAAAAUUAAUUUGCCUCGCAACUCUAAUUUAAGGUGGCACCCUACAGUUGUCCCUAUUUGCCCAACAUCUCUGCAGUAGAGGCUUAUUAAUGCAGGUCGUGCAUUUUUUUCUACUUGGAGGCAAUAUAUAACAUCAGUGGAAUAUCUAGGACUCGGUUUUGACAAUGUCACUGUUGCCAUGCAAACUGGCGAAGCUAUAGAACCGCCUUAUAUCAGGCACAAAAUUGUCUUUAUCUGAAAAGAGAAUCUGGUGGCAUAUCUUUUUUAUUUCAAAUAUCAAUAGAGCACGAUGUUCUGCAACUAUUGAGAAAACUUUAAUAAAAUUCUUUACAAUGCGAUUUUUUACCUCGUGUAACUCGCGAAAUUCACUUUAUAUAAAAGCGUCGCUGACUAGUGAAACAUUAUCCGCCGGCAUCAAUCUAUUAGCUGUAACAGCCAAACAGGCGGACUUGUUUUUUUUGUUUGGUUUUGCACUUUUGCUAAAAAUGAACAAGGCUAUGAUACUCUGUAGCCUAUUAUAUGUAUUAGUCUAAACGUAACCACUUUAAUCUUGUAGAGACACGAAAGUAUUUCUAAACGACUUUUUACAUGUUUAUUAAAAGUUUGUGCACAAUUUAGCAAAUGUUUUUACAGUUGACAGUAAAUGUUUUAAAAAAAUUAAAAAACAUUGUUUCGUAGCUAGUUUUUUGGUCUAGCGAUAUUCGUAUUAUACGCAGAAUUACUGUAUGAACUCGCAGUUGAUUUGGCACUGACAACGAAGGAUUGUUGAACGCUUUUUUUAAAUAGUAACCUUUCAGAAAUAACUUAUUUGAAAAAAAAGCCCGAUUAAGUUUUGUUUUGUUUUGUUUUGUUUUGUUUUGUGUUGUGUUGAUUGCUGGGUUGCAUGGGAUAGUCCACGUACUGAUCCCGCGAACAUCCCGUAUGCUACCGUAGGGAGCCUCCUUAAGCCAAACGAUUUCAACACGGGCUGUGAUAGAAAAUAUGUAAUAAUAUACUAGUUUUAAGAACGAAAUUAAGGAACCACUGCACAAUAAGCAAGUUUUCAAUUUAAAAUACGGGAGACCUUCUUGUAUGUUGCUGUGAACCGCGUAUUUUGUUGAGACUGUAUUUUGAUGUGAAAUUGAUGAACAAUAUCAAGGGCUACCUCUGCUCACGUAUAUGAAAUCUCGCAUUUUGACAAAUAAAUUGGUAUUUUACACAUAAUAUUGGGAAACUUGGCUAUUUAAUUGAAAAUUUUACGAAAGAAGAAUAUAUUGGUGUUCGUGAUGCUUGUGACGGUUAUGGUGAUGAAUAUAUGGCUAUUGUUAUAGUUUGAGUGAUUGUGACAUUAAUAAUGAUCGAUGGUGUUCAGGAAAUAUUCACAGCCACAUUGACACACUAGUAUGAACUGCCGCCCUGAUUAAAUUCGUUUGUGCCUUGCAAAUAUAUAUUUAUUGAACUUACCUGCUUGAAUAUUAUAUUUCAGAACUAAUGCCGGUGACCAUAUCUUACGUUAACAUAUUGAAUGACUUGGAGAUCCCACCGUACAACCUGAAGAUACUGGACAAAAAACUAGGCGCAGGACAGUUUGGUAUUGUUAAACAAGGUUUAUACACUCCUUCUGAAAAUGAUGAUCCGAAGGAUGUUGCUGUAAAAAUGUUGAAAGGUAAAGGGGGAAAUUAUAUUUGCUGUUACAGGAUAGUGGCAAUAAAAUUAAAGGAUGUUUGAAUCGAAAACACUCCUUAAUUCAAUUAAACUAUAGAAUACAGUAAUUCGUUGUGCACAUUUUUUAUACCUUUCUUUGGGUUGAUGAUAUUUCUGCAGUUUAAUAUGUAGGGACUUCGGGGCAGCGCGAGCUCCUUUCACCAAUGAGAUUUUCUCGUUGCCCAACCAUGAAGAAACAGUCAGCAAAUUCUUUGCCCAAAGUUAUAGAUUUUCUCCUGGUUGUCCGGUUUCCUCCAGUUCGGUUUCCUCUGACCGGGAAAAUUGAAAAGUUGGAUGAAGUUGAUUGCGUGGGUUUUAGAAGAAACACAGCUAAUAAAAAAGGAAUAACACAAUUGUUAUAACAGAUGAAUAUGGUCUAGGUUAAGUAAGUAAUUGCAAUCUUGGACGUUCUUCUCACGUGCAAGCUUAAUAUAUAGCAUAUGCAUAAUAUGGCUAAGCUCAUAUAUCUGCUUAAAUUCUAAUGAGAUAUUUUACUAAAUAGAAAAAUCUUUCGCCCAGGUCAUGAAAAACUACUGAUCAAUUUUCAUAAAUCUUUAUGUCUGGAAAAAUUUCUUUUUGUAAAGUUGAGCUUCGUCCUCCGUACAUAAGUCUUCCUUUAUUAAAUUUUAUUGUUCUUUAUCUUUCAGAAAAUGCCACCCAAUCCCACUUAGCUGACCUUCUGGAUGAGAUAAACGUUAUGAAGAAAAUUAGCGAUGAACCACAUGCGAAUGUUAUAAGGUUUAUCGGAAGUUCCUCAUUUGAAGGUGAGAAUAUCGUAAGAAAACCAUGCAUGAACAAAUUAUACGCAUGAUUGCAAUUCGAGGAGUCAUUUUAACGUUGCCAAGGCUUUCCAUUUUCCCCGGCGUAAGUUCGCAGAAAGGGUACCAAUUCAGCGCGGCUUUUUACACCCAGUAUGGUGAGAACAUAGCAAGGGAAAGUUUUCCUUCAUUAUGUGAUGGGUGGCUUUAGCGUUAUGCGCAUAAGGGUAAAAUUGUGUUUUUCAUUUUGCAAAUACAUUAUUUGCUCUUUUUUUAUUAACUUUACAAUCAAAUGACUGAUGGUAAGGACAACAGUACGUGAGUCCCUAAUUAAGUCCACCAAAAACUUACAUUACAUAAUUACUUAUAGGUAUUACGUAAUGAAGAAUACAUAGUAUAUACAUGAACAUUAGGACAUACUGAUACAACAAUUAUAAUUGCAUAUAUGAACAACAGUAUGUAUGUAAAAACGACAUUUACUGUAUACAACUUUCCAUGUUCUAGGACGGUGUACAUCAAAAGUACUGUUUAGCUUUUUAGUGUAAAAUAUAUAUAGUUUAGAUUUAAGUAUGGCGACUGACGAAGAGGAUUUGAAAUCAGACGGCAAAUUGUUUCAUGCAAAUACAAUUCUGUUAAAGCAUGAGUUUCGAAAGAGGGAGGUUUUGCACAGGUUUGGACGAAGAUCACCGGAACUGGAACGAGUGGAGUGGUGAAGAGGUUGAGUUAUAUACUGAUUGAUGUCAAUUUCGUACAUCCCGCAUUUACAUUUGUAGAGGAAUAUGAUGUCUUUAAUUUCAUGCCAGUGUGAAAGGGGGAUUAGAUUCAGUUUUUUCAAGCGACCAACGUACGACAAUUUUAAGCCACUUACGCUAACUUGAUUAAGGCAACAUUUGACGUGGACAUGCCAUGCACCUGGACACUGGUGCGGGACUGCUCCUGCCACAGAUCUUAAGUAGUUUUAAUAGACGGUUCCUCUUAUUGUGUUCGCUGAAUGCAACCAGUGGCGUAGCCAGCCCGACAAUUUAGUCCCGCUAUGCAAAUUCAAAAUUAUUAUCAUUAUUCAUUUCUUUAGAAAUUGAUUGUUUUUACAGUCAAUGAACAUGAAAAUAUUUGCAUAGCGGGACCAAAUAGUCGGGCUGGCUACGCUACUGAAUGCAACCACAUUAUGCUUGUGAGUUUGAAAUUAUUAUGCUAACACAUCCGUGAAGCAUUCAGGUGGUUGUGUUCAUGGUGCAUACUAAUAGGGGGAAGUGGCUUUUAUAUAUUUGUAUUUUAUGUAUGUGUGUAUUUAUACUUAUGUACGUAUUUCGCUGCUUCGGGGUUUGCACCUUGCAUGGGACUUCGCGUCCCGUUUGUGCUUAUGCCAUUUGAGUUCAUAUUAAUUAUACAUAAUAUUAAUUAUAUAUAAUUAAAUAUAAUUAUAUAUAAUUAUAUAUAAUAUUAAUUAUAUAAUGUAAUGUUCUCAAUAAAUAUAUUUGAAACGACAAUUCAUAGUCCUGAAGAAUAAACUUUGUUGUUCGACGUUGAAUUCCUUCGAGAUGAAGCAGAUCCGCAGACGGACCUUGAGGAGCCCAGACUUCACAACCGAACGAUAAAUGAGAGCGGACCAGAGACAAAUACAGAAGGCGGCGAGCAUCCACCUCAGCGAGGUGGAAACAAUUGCAUCGCAGAAACCCAAGCAUUCUGUUGGCUUUAGAAACGAUAUUGAUGAUAUGUUGGGACCAUUUUAAAUUGUCGCUCACCAGUAUGGCCAAAUCGCUCUGUGUGGAGGAAGACUUUAUAAGUUGCUGGUUUAGGGAGCAGUCUUGUCGUGGAACGGAGAUUUUCUUUCGUAAAAAUCAGAGAACAACAUUAUUAUGUUUAAUGCAAAGUUUUAAAAAAGUUCACCGAAGGCAAUUUUCAAAAUGGCCUGAAAAAGACAAAUUUUGAGCUUUAUUCUAAGGAUGAUGUUGCCAUGGUAACAAACAUUCAACAGAAAAAUAGCAAAUUGCAAUGUGCAGGAGAGCAUUGUCAAUGUGUCCAAUAAAUUUCGUCUUCAUGUCAUGUGAAGUGAAGAAACAGGAGUCUCCUAGAUACUAUAGUGUAGUAUAGUUAGAAAAACCCUAGGGAGCCACCUUUUAAAACUGGCAAUAAGCCUGCAGUUCAUGAAUUGUUGGCUGUCAACCGUAAAACAAAAAAAGAAAGGCGGAAACUCGAAUUUUGACGAAGACACGAAUUUUGUUUUGACCAUGUUUGGGUAAGUGUAAAAAUUUGAGUAGUAAAUUUCCAUAAUAAACUUGUUUUGUUUAGUGGAGUUUAUUAAUAUCUGCGAAAUUUUUAGUCAUUCUUAAGUCAAAUCUCAAUAAUUCACAAUAAAAACUGUGUUUUUAUCCAAGCUGGAAAUGAAGGAAUUGUCAUCGAUCAUUAAUACAGCGCAUCAGUUGUUUUUUGUGUGUUUAUAAUGAUCUUUUACAUAGAGUAAAUGUGGCAUGAUCAAACUAUAAUUAAAAAAGGGUGUAAAACAAAUAUAUUUUACGACUGUCGGCAAAACGAGUUUUCCAGUUUCUCCUGGCCUUGCAGUUUCACGCGGCAAAGUUUCAAAACGUUUUCCCGUUUUUAUUUUAAAUUCAUUUUAUUUUAAAUAACGUAAAACUACAUACGAGAUUUUAAAAAUAAAUUAUUCUUUAGUCUCAAUAUUUUCCCAUUAUAUUACUUUCACGUUACCAAGGCAAGUUGCGCCAUUCUUUUUAAUCACCAAAUAUUUCAUGCGGAAUUUCUAUACCUCAUUUGUUUAUAAAAAAAAAGGCAAAGGGUUACGUGCAUGGAUGUAUGGAUGUAUUUCUAGUUAAACAAUAGAUCUGGAUUGUUAGUUUGUUUGUUACAUUUUGUGAAGGCUAAACCACUGAAGCCAUUUCGCUUUAAUUUGCUACGCCCUCCUUGGAAAUCAGCCUUUGUUGUAGGGCCGGUUUGCAUAGUAAAAUAAAGUUUUACCUACCUACCUACCUACCAGCUUCUAUUUUGGGUAACUUAGGUUUUAGCUGACUAUUACCGCAAACGGAAAACUUGGAAAAUCAUUAUUAAAUUCCGAAAACCAAUGAGCUAUUCCCGUUUAUAAUCGAGACGCGAUACUAUCAACAUGACGCCCAAAUUAAUUUCCACUGCAAUUUAAACUCGUUUUAAAAUCUACAAAUUUCAAAGUUCGUAAUUCGAAAAAAACAAAAGCCCUAUUUUAAUAAUGCAAAAAAUGGAAAGUAAUACGACACAGAUUAUUUGGAAGCUGACCCACACUCAAGUCCUCACAAGUUGUCAGUCAGUAAAAUCAAAGUUAUCAGUCAGUAAAAAUCGAAAAAACUCGGCAGGUUGUCGAACAGCAUUGAGCAUGUCUGGCUAGCUGUUGGUCGUUGUUACCAACAUGCAACACUUGACGCAGAUACAUGUACACUUAGCAUGCCUAGUUUUGAGAGAUCUGUCCAACAAAGACAAGAAAUCGCAACUCACAAAGUAAAAGCUAUUGAGAAUGGAGGACGCCGUGCUUUCUUUUACGACACUGUGUGGAAUUAUAUGACUCAGGCACAAACGUUUCACUAUUAUUCUUUUACAAUGUUAAAAGCUAUAAGUGCUGACAAUUUCUACCCUUAGAGUGAUUAACAUAUUUUUUGUACGUCAGGAAAACCUGUGUUGGUAAUCGAGUUUUGUCGUGGUGGAAGUCUCCUUAAAUUCCUAAUCCAAAGCAGAGUGAGUUAUAACUCGACACCAAAUUAUGUUAAUAUAACAUCAACAUUAAGUCAUCGUCAACUGUUGGAAAUGGCCGUACAUGUGGCAAGUGGAAUGGCUCAUCUUUCUGCUCAGAAGGUAAUUGAGUUAUUAUAACGAGGUGUUUAGAUUUAGGUAUUCCUAAAACUGCCUGUACCAGUGUUGGUAGUACAAAUGUGAAAAUGCUGUGCUGAGUGGUUAUAUUACUACCUUAAAAAAUAAGCAGAAACUUGACGUUUCGAGCGAAGGCUCUUCGUCAAGAGUCAGUAGCAGGCCUGCUACUAACUCUUGACGAAGUGCCUUCGCUCGAAACGUCGAGUUUCUGCAUAUUUUUUAAGGUAGUAAUAUAACCACUCAGCACAGCGUUUUAGGUAUUCCAUGCGCGCAGGGGCGGAUCUAGGAUUUUUCGUACGUUAGUCAAAAAGGGGGAGGGGGGUACUUUUGACUGGCGGAGGGGUACUUUUGACGGGGUGUCGAAAAGGGGGGGGUUGCCAAGCAAAUUAAUAUUUUUUAUAUGUGUUCUGUUUACGAAAAAAUGUAACUUAAAAAAUUGCUUUUUCGCCGAAUGUCAAACAGAUAUCCAAUUCUCAUCGAGAAAUAGCUUGACAAGGAUGACUUGACGUUUUAAAAAUUGUUAUUUAAUCGCAUAUUUUUUCCCUUGACAUGGAUGGUCAAACAAAAUGCAAUAUAGUGAUGCAGUUUAAACAUUUGAUUGAUUAAGCAGGAAGAGAAUUUCCACGUUUAAUUCACUGCUCCUCGAGUUUCAUUCGUAGCAGAAACAUGCGCCAUAAAUAAGUAUUCACAAUGGCAACAUGAUCCAUUUUACUUGUUGUGUACAUGUUGUAGAGAUCGUAUUACACAAGGCCAUGCUACAUUGUCGUGUUCUUGUAGUUUAAAAUAUUAAAUAGGUAUAAACAGUGUUAUUAAGUAGCGAUCUGAUUAAUAUAUAAAGUCUACAUGUCACAAGAAGCAUAAACAAGGUAUAAACACACUGAAACUGCCUGUAUUAAGCCGCAAUAUUUAUAUAAAUUGACGGAAAUAUUAUGUAAAUUUCGUCUCGUAUUAUUAUACGUCUUAUACGCGUACCCGCCGAUAUUAUAACAUGCAUAUGCGUACAGACCACAAUCCACCACAGUAUACAACAUGUUAUAAUGCUAUAUCUAGUUAAAAUAGAAUAUAUACAUCUUAAGUUAAGGCCGUACAAAAGAUUUUUGUCUUCUCUCGAACGUACUUCAGGAUGUAAGAUUCCGCACCAAAAUUUCGUGCGAGGAAGGCUGCUUAUGUUAUUCACAACGCUCAAUAAAUCUUUAAUAGAAAACUUCGGUACACCGUUAUCGCUUGUUUAAAUCAGCUUCAAUAUCUUUGACAUUUCGUCGAUCGUCAUUCUCUAAAGCAGCCUUUACAGUUUCGUAAAUACUAACAGACAUGGCUGGUUUUAGUUCAGAAUUUCUGAUAGUAAAUCUUCCCAUUGAACUUUAAUAAUUUGCGGUCAAGCACAAAGUAGCGAUCAGAAAGGGCCAGAAACGUCAUAGACCUUUCCGUGCACUAAUGAAGCCUGAACGGUAUGAUCGAUCAAAAAAAUCCAGCCAAUGGGAAUUCAGGAUUGUUUUGAAUUAGCCAAUCGGAUAGCCUCUAUUCGAGCCCCUGAUCGCUUUAGCGAUCAGAACUCCCCACAGAUCGCGCAAAAAUCGAGAUAGCCAAUCAGAUGGCUGGAAUCUGACUCAAAGCGUGCAAAACUCAUGCGUAAGACCGCUUUUCUGCGCGUUCAUGUUCGAAGGCCUUGCUACUGAAUGAUAUUUCAAAACUGGACUGUUAAACUUUCAAUACAUUACACUGCGCGAAGUUUGAUAACAGGACUGCUAUUUUAAUUUAACAAUUAACCAUUUUUCUGGCCAAUUUUUACCUUAGUCGCGUGAUCGCUCUGAUCAUCCCUAGAUCCGCCCCUGCAUGCGCGUUCAGGCGUUAUCAUCAUUAACAAUAAUGAUAACGUCUGAAUGCUAUCAUCACCAUCAACAUUAUCAUUAUCAUUAUCAUCAUUAUCAUCAGGCGUUAUCAUCAUUAUUAAUAUGUACUGUGCUCAUUCCAAUCAAUGACAAAAAUUAGCUACUGUAUACAUGGAUUUUAGGGUUAGAGCUAGUGUAGUCCGAAAUAUUUGAAUUAAGAUGGGUUCAGAGCAAUGGGUUCAGAGCAAGUCGUGCUAAAAUAUUUUAUUUAUCUCUUCAGUUUGUUCAUCGUGACUUAGCAGUUAGGAAUGUUCUUAUUGGCGAAGAAAAUGUAGCAAAAGUGUCUGACUUUGGUUUGUCGAGAGAUAUUGGAAAUGCUGAAGAAUAUAUACGAAACAAGCAGGUAACCUAGUAUUAAGUACUAUUUAACUAUUGACUAUGUACAUUACAGAUAUAAAUUCGCCUGGACUAUAUCUAUUCGCUAAGACAAAACAAGGUGCAUGGGCCUUAAUUGCUACGAGUUCUGUUGGAUGAAACUGCUGCACCAUCCUAGGCGGUGAUAACGCUGGACAAACAAUUAAAAUAGACUUUUAAUUGCGUCAGCUAGAUAAUAUUACGAAUGAACAAAAAGGCAGACUGCAUUCCUCAUUUUCUUGAUGAAUUCGAUAAUCUAUACUAUAGUUUUAUUAUCCAAGUAUGAAUCAUAUCAUAUUAAUGAUCAAUUCUCUCACAUCCCUCAGCAUGGUUGCCUUUAAUUUGUAGCUCCCGUAUAUAUUUUUAUGUGUCCAUAAUCCAUUUUGUAGAAUUUACUUCCAGUGAAAUGGAUGGCACUGGAAAGUUUAAUACAUGGUUGUUUUACAACAGCUAGUGAUGUGUAAGUUUUUUUCUAAAUUAACUUCACGCGGGUUGAGAUUCCCAGAAUUAAUUCGCAUUAUAAUAAAUAUGCUGUUGAACGAAUGUUCUCCCCUAUAUUGAUAUUUUUUACAUAUUAUUAUUCGUUAGACUCUGUUUUAGAAUGACAUUCACGUACAGAAUUUACCUAGGUCUAUCAACGUUAACAUUACUGAAUAUGCAUGUAGCCUAAUUCUGUGGCGCCCAUUCCAUAGAUUCUCGCGCAGUUUGGCAUUAAGCAUUUAAACGGUUGCAAGGAAUUUGCCUUCAGUUACUAGCUUUGUGGCGUAAUUUCUGAAAUAUCUAUAUCUAUAUAUAUAUCCUCAAUUUAGACAAAUUGUGCGGGGUUUUUAUGACAUUGCAUAACAAAGCGAUUACAAGUGAAUGAGUUCAGUCGUUCACAUUAUGUUAUAUAUUGAAUUAAUCAUUUCGUGGCUCAAUUACAUAUAUUUGCAAGUUACGUAUACAACCGCAUGCGGAUAAUCCCCUUCGUAUGAUCAUCAUUAAAAUUAUGUCAAGUCCAUACAGUUUUUGAUGCGUGAUAUAGUAUCAGCUGCAACUGCAAGAAGCGCAAAACCCGUAAAUUAUCCGCGAUGUCGUAGAAAAAAUCAAACAAAGUACAACUGCAUGUUGACAUUGCCACGUUUUUUAAUUUAAGACCGGUACUUUACCAAGUGUUUUUAUUUAUUAUAUUUUUUAUUUGUAAACAUGUCGUGCGCAUGCGGACUGACAAGGACAGGUAUGUUGUAAUUCCAUUUCAAUAACUUAUUAUUCUUUUGAUGCAGGUGGAGCUUUGGUAUUCUUCUUCAUGAAAUUACAACUCUUGGUGGGUAAUGCUGAAAAAUCCGAAUAAAAUUAAUUUUGUACUUCUCCGACAUGAGAUACGUCAAACAUAGUUUUAGACUAUUUUUUUGUAGAUUGACUCAUCUAGGGAGGCUGGCACCUUUACAUGGAGAAACUCACAUAUUUCUCUUCUUUCGUUCAGUUCGAGAAGUGCCAACCUAGCUCCCUCGAUUCUUCAACUCCGGAGGAGCUUUCGUUGAAAUAUGUUUGCAUGAUAUACGGUUAAAAUUCGGUGUUUACCAAACAAUGCACUGACUCAUUUUACAGUCUUGCUCGACGUUCUUGCUAAACAUUUUAUCACAGUAAUUUGGCAUUUCUUGCGUAUGUUAAAAUUUUACACCUUUUAAUUCCUUUACAUCUUUUAACUACAUUACAGUAUUCCGCAAAUUUUUUAGGUGAAGAACCAUACAAAGGCAUAUCGACGUAUCACAUUGUUAAUCACGUGGGGUCUGGAUGUCGAAUGCCAAAACCAUCCCACUGUUCCAAUGAAGUGUGAGUAGCAACUGAAUUGUGUUGUUUUUCAUAACGAUUUUACGAAAGGGUGAAGCAAACACUGCAAGACGUUUGUUCAUUAUAGUUAUGAUGAAAUUAAGAGAGAUUUACCCAAAGUAAUAACUAGUUUUCUUUGGUAGAGAUGCAACUAUAACUGAAAAAUAUAAGGAGAACUGUUUCGACGUUUUGAGCGAUGGCUCUUUGGUUGGAAUACUAGGGGGAAGAAUAUAAAAAUAUCACGUGACAAGAAAUAAGCCAAUCGAUUUAGUAAAACCGACGAUUUUAGUAAAAACAAAGUAUUAACAAAAAAUGUAAAUCACAUUGCAGAAUAUAAAACAAAUCGACGCUAAAUAUAACGAUCAUUUCAUUCCGGAGAUUAUAUGGGAAAAGCUCUUGAGGUUGGGCAUCGUUGUCUCCUGGAUUUCUUCUGUGAUAUAAUCUUGAAUGGUAGGUACUGUCAAUAAUAUUAACAAGCUUUCGUUGGUAGGGAUGCAACUAUCUGAAAAAUAUAAGGAAAACUUGACCCCGCUAGUACCUCCAUGCAAACGAAGGCCUUCGCGCUUGAAACGUCGAAAUUUUCCUGAUAUUUUAGAGGUAGUUGCAUCCCGACCAAUGAAACGUUGUUGAUAUCAAGAUUGGCACUAUCUGCACUAACACAGACAGCUCAAGAUUAUUACACAAAGAAUAUAAUUCUCGGGGUCCAGCAUAGACAGGCUGUGGCCAGUGUAGAAAAGAAAAUAUUUUGCGAGGCUCGUACCAGCCAAAUUAAUCCGAAAUACUAAAAUAAUAUUUCUCGACGUUUUGAGCGAAUGUCACUCUUAAAAAGAAUGCCCUUUGCUGUACUGACACGCACAGUAGCUGUGUUGUAUUCCGUGUAAGGAGAAUUAUUCUAAGGAAAGUUAAAUUUAAUUCAUAAUUUAUUCAACAGUGUAUUCUAAGGAGAAUUAAAUUUAAUUCAUCAUUUUGUUUCAUCCGUAGAUCAAUCGUUCAGAAUGCAUUUCAAGAAGCAGUGCAUGCACUUUAAAAGCUUACUGAUGAAAAUAACCAAUUUGAAUUGAUUGCCUCAUUUACAUUUAUUUGACCAGUAUUUCACUGGUAGCAAACAGAAACUGAGUUAUCUUUUUCGUUGUUUUAACCAAAUAAUAUUGGUCAAAAGAAAAUGCAUCAGCGACAACUGAUUCAAAUUGGUUCUUAUAACCAAUUUGUUUUUACAAUGUGUUCUUAAUUAACACAAGCCAUAAUUGCUUAGCUAGAGACAAGGCAGAGAAUAAAAAAAAACGAGAAAGCCUAUUCUCUUAGUUUACCAGACCGGUAUGUAUUUUGUUGUAAUAGGCCAGUAAACGCGUUUACCGCAAUAUUCAAAUCUACAGUAAGUGUUUACAAACUGUUCGCUUCAACAUACCUCCUAACCGGUGUUACGGUGCUAUCUAUUCCCCGGACCAGCACUUAUCUCCAUAUCAUCCUCCAACAGGAUCAAUGCAACAUCAUGGCAGGGAAGAUAUUUACAACAAUAUUAGUCCGCGUACGUAAUGGACAAACAGAGAGGAAAGUUACGUGCUUCAUAACGCGACAAACGUGAUAAAAACAUGGAGGUUCAAGAACUUUUGUUGUCGCAUAGCUUCCUUUGUUAAUCUGAAUACAGCGUUAAUCUGAAUACCGCUUAAAAAAUAUAACAAUGUAGUCUAAUUUAGACAAAUGUAGUCUAAUGUUACUUUGCGAAUAGCAAAGAUAAUUCCAAAACAACUUUGUAUCCUCCACAAAGACGACUUUCUCUAACGAUCUGCCAUAUAAUUUGCUUGUAAGUCUAAACGAAAUAAUAUAAAAUCCGUAGAAUUUUACAGAGGUGCUACCAUGCAGAACUGGCUUCACGUAUAAUAUAUCCUGACUUGAUAGACCUAUAUUACUUUAUAGACCUGUGCUUAAACGUUUGACGAAAUAUAUCUCUAUUGUUUCUCUAACAUUUUAUCAUUUGUUUUAGUUUUGUGCAAAUAGAAUAUAUAUAUACUGAAGGCUAUUCGUUUUAGGUAUGAAAUAAUGGCAAAUUGCUGGAAAGUGAAUCCAAAAGACCGACCUACAUUCCUGGAAAUAUUGCAAGAUCUUCGCGAAAUGCUCGCUGAUAAUGAGGUACACUGUACAGAAGUCAUUUUAUAGGUGGAGUGUAUACUUCCAUGAUGUGCUGUUUAAAUGAGCUGACGUUGCUAGAUUUGUAAGAUACGUGUGGUACAGGGUUAUACAUAUAGAUGAGUGAUAUGUUUAUUUCUAUAAUUAUAUUGGUGCAUUUUGAAAAGAAAAAACCGUAUAACCUCUUUUAUACUUACAUGUAGUAGUUCAUAUUUCCCUUUUUCUUCAACUUCAUGCAGAAUAGGUAUAAAGCUUGAGCCGAGAUCGACGAAGGUCAAAGUCUUUGAGUUGAAAAAACGUUUAAUUGAAUUGCCAGGCAUACUGAAUCUUUUCUAAGCAAUUAAAUGUGCCCAGACAGCUCAGUGGUGUCAAGUAACGAAGUAAAUGUAGUUCGUCAUUGUACUUGAGUACUAUUUUUGAGAAGUCAGCAUAUAACAAGUAAACUAUUUCUGGAGUACUUUUACUUGGGAACGAAGUCGUUUUAAGAGGCAAUGUUUCACUUCGUUAUUUUCAUUUUGUGGCGAAGUAUUUCGUUACUUUCUAACUUUUGUUUAAUUUAUGUGAUAUAUUCGGGAUUUAUUUUAAUUUUGGCAUGGGUAAUAGGGCCUCUGCAUGCGUCUGGGAUCUCUCGUUUGUGGCUUAUUUAUCAGCAUUUUAUUUAAUGGAUUUCUUAUAUCUUCAAAGGGGUCUGGAAAGUAGACCAUGCCGUAAAUUAUAUUGUAUGUUAUAGGUGCGCGCAUAUAAUGCGCGUGUUGUUUUGUGUCUUUCUAUUGGAGAAAUCUGCUCCCCCCUUACAUGCUACAGACAAUAGUAAUUUUACUUUUACUUUUUACUUCAAGUAUUUUUAAGGAUACUUUGUAAUUUUUUUACUUAAGUACGUUCUGCUUCCAGUACUUUUUACUCUUAUUUAUGUCGUUUUAUUGUUAUUAUAAUUAUACUUAUAUCUUUACUCGAGUACAAAUAUACUAAGUAAUUUAGGCAUCACUGCAGCUCCCUUUUACAUUAGAAUAUACAGUAAAAUUCAACAAACAAACCAAAUCUACAAAUAUUACGGCCUGGGAAACUGCUAAUGGAUUAUUUUGAAGAGUUAUCAAUACUACAUUACGUACAUAAAACAAAAACUAUAUAGCCUAUACUAUAUCUAACUAGCACCAUUAUCAAAGGCGAAUAAAUUUAUGGGUGACGGUUUGUCAAUUCUUCACUAUACUGUACCUAAUUUAGUUUAAACAUCAAUUGCGAUUUAUAAAUCGAUGUAUUAAAUCUAGUCUCACGUGAAUAAAUAAAAGGUGGAAAUAGAACGUAACGCCAUAUACAAUUUUGGGUUAAGAUCGAAAUUAUGAAAAGAAGCUGCAGUUCGCCUACGCGGCAACACGCUUAUUUGAGAAGAAACUCUAAUCCUGCCAUUUUAAUUUACAUUUAGAAAUCCCACAUCGAUGUUCAACAAGUCGAAGACAAGAAAUUACAAUCAACGAUUGAGCAGAGUGAUUCGAGCAUGCAGGAUGAUGACACAACCGGCGACACAUCUCUUUGA